UGACACAAAAGGAAACAGGCUGAUGAUUUGGUCGCUUGAUUUCAUGGAGAUGGGAAUUGCGCACGAUUGGCCACUUUGGAUGGUUUGAUCCCACUAAGCUGUCUCUGAUCACCGAGAAGUUGUCUUCCCACGCACACACCUGAAACCUCUUCACCCCCUGGUUGAUGCCGAGGAUCAUGACGAUGAACGGUGACCACCAGUCGGUGGCCACGGCACCGCUGGAUCUGCGCACCACAACCCGGGAGCGUGGGAGCACCGGGUCGAAAUCUCCGGACUACAAAGGUCGUGUUAGGGACGCUCGUGUGUCAGGCGGCUCUCCUGCGCCUCCAGCUUGCACAGGAACGGACAGUUUAAUACACUGCCCGGCAGUCAGGAGCGUACCGAGCUCAGAAACCAGUGUUUCACGCAAACGACCAGCGGACAAAAAUGCCUUGAGGCUUCCUUUUAGGAAACGCCCGAUUCCUGUCGAGCCGGACACCCAGACGCAGUCGCCGGCUCCACCAGAAAGGGUAGACUGCUUCUCCCCGGCGGAAGACACGGACUUGCCAUUUCGGGAGAGGUUGUCCAGCCGCUUGGAAAGAGCCGCGGACGAGAGCAAGAUCGCCGUAGCGCCAGUGACUCCCAGGCGGGUUGAAGAGGCAGGACAGGGUCCAGAUGGAUAUCACAUUCGUUUUUUGCACCCGUUUGGUUACGUCCCAGGUCACUACCCAGUGUACUGUUUGCCCACAGUCCAAGAGACAAACCGUCCUCUGGGUUACCAACCUGAGAACCUGCUGACUGGUAUCGCUUUGGCUACACAUCAAGAUGAAGAUGGAGACACAGCUCUCCAUAUAGCAGUGGUGCAGGGGGAAUUGGCCAUUGUCUGCAAACUGAUCAAUCUCCUACUGUGGGCUCACCGAGGCCUUGAUAUCUACAACAACCUCCGUCAGACCCCUCUUCAUCUGGCAGUGAUAACCCAGCAGGCAAACAUGGUGGAGGUUUUGUUGAGAGCAGGGGCCGACCCUGCUGCUUUGGACCGUAACGGCCAGACAGCGCUCCACCUCUGCUGUGAAUAUGACCAGCGUGACUGUCUGUCUGUAGUGCUUUCUCUAUCCACAUCCUCCACAUGCCUGGAGAUCAGAAACUAUGAGGGUUUGAGCCCACUCCAUCUGGCUGUAUUGCGUGGCCAUAAGGAUUUGUCCAUGAUGCUGCUGGAGGCAGGAGCUGACAUUAAUGCCAUGGACAUCAAAAGUGGCCAGAGUCCUCUCAUGCACGCAGUGGAGAGCAAUAACGCAGACAUGGUCCACUUCCUCAUUGAGAGUGGCUGUGAUGUCAACAGCCAGUCAUACAGUGGGAACACAGCCCUGCACAGCGCCUGUGGCCGGGGACAGGUGGACACGGUUCGGCUGCUGCUGAAGAGCGGCGCUGACAGCAGCCUCAAGAACUAUCACAAUGACACCCCUGUAAUGGUGGCCAAGAACAAAAAAAUAGCAGAUGUGUUACGAGGGAGAGGUUCCAAGCAGAUACGAGUUCAAGAUCAACACUGUAUAUCAGUCUCGCCACAUGGGAGCAACUUUACUGAAAAUGGAUCUCCAUCUCCCAACCACAGUCGUGGAUGUUCACCUUCUACCACACCACACACCCCACAUCAUAGCAGCUCUCAGUCUCCAAAGACUCCAUCUGUGCUUGUAUAUCCAUAUUUCUAGCUCAAAGUUAAACUUGCAACUACCUCCACACAGCCAACCAUCAAAGAAACAAUCUCACUUCAGGGCUCAAAGUGAUACCCAGGAGAAGGCUCAGCCUAUGGGAUAACAGAUCAGCAAAAGAUUGUACCUGAAAGACUUCCCUAGAAACUGGCCUUCCUUCACCCUCACAAAAAAACAGUCCAAGUUGGCUUUGAUGUCUGGACAGAGUACCUGCAACCUCACUUCUCAACCAGCUGCUUUGUAGGAACUCUUCUAAUGACUGAGUGCAAACUGCUGCUGUGAUCAGCUGGAUUUCUCCACAAGGGAAACAUGCCACUGAAUGCAAUCAAAGCUGAACAUAAAGGGCUGUUUUGAAACCUACAGAUGUCAGUAAAUGAUUGACAUGGACCCAAGCUCAGUGAAUUCAGACUCUCAUUUUUAAGUAUUCAUUGGGCCUUUUGCUUUUAUUUUUUAAGUGAAGGACAUUUAAGAAAUGACAAGAAAUGAGGAGGGAGAUAAAAAGAAUAGAGAGUGAGCAAGGGUUAAUGUUCCUGGCCAGAGUUGAACUGGAGAUGUUGCGAUUACAUGUCAUGCACCUCAACUCUUGUAAAAAAAAUUGUACAUGGUCUGCUUAUAGUAAGGCUUGACAAUGUAACCUGACAUGCCCGAUCUUGCACAGUCAAAUUCAAAUUCAAAUAUUUAGUAAUAUUUUUUAAAUGUUUGUCCAUGAUUCCAUUCAUGUCUGUGUUUGUGUGCG